UUUGUACGAUUUCCCCAAUCGCGAGCUUCCCCCUCCAUCCGGGAGUGUUUUUCUUUUCGUGAAAAAGAAAAGUAAUUUUUGAUGAGUGUCCAACGUUGCUGCCGCUGCAAAUGUCAGUCUCAGAUUCUCCGUGUUUGAGUGAAGAAUCCACCUCGCAGAGAUCCGCGAGUGCAUCAGCCGUUUGUGCUUUACAAAGUGUGACAUAACCUCCUCCAAAAAAGGGGGCUCUUUUGGGGCGCGAUCGAGUUCUCAUCCAUUUGUGCUAUCUGUCAUUACUGACCGUGAGUGUCCGGGUGUGUGGUCCAGGAGUGCAUACGAAGGAAGCACCAAGGAGAAAGUUUGAGUGAGAGUCAGAGGAAAGAGAAAGUGUCUUGUGGAAGAGCCACUUCCCAUGCUUAUUUGCUGAGCUGCCCGAGAGAUUUCCAACAGCUGACACUCACUGACCCAGACAUGGCCUGGCCGGAGAAUGUAGGCAUUCUGGCCAUUGAGCUCUUUUUUCCCUCUUUUUACGUGGACCAGACCGAACUGGAGGCCUUCGAUGGAGCUUCCACUGGAAAAUACACGGUGGGAUUAGGGCAGAAGAAAAUGGGCUUCUGUACGGAUCGCGAGGACAUUAAUUCCCUAUGUAUGACAGCGGUCAGUAAUCUUAUGGAACGCCACCAAAUUCCUCCAUCGAGGAUUGGAAGGCUAGAAGUUGGCACUGAGACCAUCAUCGACAAGUCCAAGAGUGUCAAGUCGGUACUCAUGCAACUAUUUACGCCUCAUGGUGUCACGGAUCUCGAAGGACUUGAUACCACAAAUGCCUGCUAUGGAGGCACCGCUGCCUUGUUCAAUGCUGUCAAUUGGGUCGAAUCCAGCAGCUGGAAUGGACGCCUAGCCCUCGUAGUUUGUGGGGAUAUAGCGGUGUAUGCUAAGGGCCCGGCUAGACCGACAGGGGGAGCUGGUGCUGUAGCCAUGCUAGUGGGCCCAAACGCCCCCUUGGUGAUGGACAGGGGUCUCAGGGCUACUUAUAUGAAGCACGCGUAUGAUUUCUACAAGCCGGAUCUCUCUUCAGAGUAUCCCACUGUGGAUGGGAAACUCUCAAUCCAGUGCUACCUCAAUGCCCUGGAUAAUUGCUAUCAGCUGUAUUGUGAGAAAGCCAGGGCUCAAGCACCAGCUGCUGACUCUGUUGGCUUGGAUGCUUUCGAUGCCGUGGUCUUCCACACGCCUUUUUGCAAAUUGGUGCAGAAAUCCUUGGCCAGAAUCGGCGUCAAUGACUAUUUCAUGAUGCCUCCAUCGAAGAGACCUGCCAGGUUUCCGGGAUUCGAAAAAUUCGAGCAACUGGCUUUGGAGGAUACUUAUUUCGAUAAGGAUGUGGAAAAGGCCUUCAUGACCUACUACGAUGAAGCAUUCAAGGCCAAGACUGCCAAGUCCCUUCACAUUGCCAGUCAGGUGGGAAACAUGUACACUCCCUCGCUCUAUACUGGCCUCAUAUCAUAUCUCAUCUCUGAAUCAGCCAAGAAUCUGGUUGGUAAGAAGGUGGCACUCUUUUCUUAUGGCUCCGGACUCGCAUCCAGUAUGUACUCGAUCACGGUGACAAAGGAUGUGGAUCAGCUUCAGCAAAUGCUGGACAAAUUGAUGCAUAUUAUGCCCACGCUGGAGAGACGUCAGAAGGUAGCACCCAAGGAGUUUUCUGAAAUCUUGGAGAUUCGUGAGCACAACAAUCACAAGGCACCAUUGGAACCUUCAGGACCGAUUGAUGGACUCUUUCCUGGCACCUACUACCUCAAGAGUGUUGAUCAUAUGCAUCGGAGACUCUAUGAUCGUGUGCCGAAGUAGCAUUUCGACUGAUCAGAAUGAUUCAGUCCGCCAACUUCGAAGGAUGGUAAUGAAAAAAAGAAGAGUGGAUGUAAUUUUUUUCAUGCACUGUUGAGUGAGACAAAAGAAGGCCCCCAAAGUGAGUUGGAGAAGAUAGAAAAAAGAAAAUUCACCUAAAAGACAUAUAGUCAGUGUCACACGUCAUAAAAAGUGAAAUUUUUACUUUCAACCUUUUUCUUUUCUCUUUCUCUCUUUCGACUUCUUUUUUUUAAUAUUCCAACUUGACUUCAAACUUGACAAUUUUAUCGGAAUCUUGCAUUUUAACAUCUUUUUUUUUGUUUCAAUCUAAAAAACAAAAUUUAUGAAUGAUUUUUAGUGGGUGAUUUUUGCACAACUCUUCUUCAAAACUUUUUCUCUUCUCUUUGUUUUCGUGCUCUUUUAUAACAGACACUUUUAUUCACACUUUGGCGCUUUUCUGGGAAAGUGUUAUGCGCCACAAACUUGAAGAGGAAAUAAAACCUACACUUUCCAGUAUAUAUACAUACUUUUGAUUUUAUAACAUUUCUCUCUUGCACCUCUUUUCUUUUUCAAACAGACGAUGUGACACAGUUCAGGGUUCAAUAAAAAAAUUAAUAUAAAAACUAUUACAAAAUAUAAUUGGAAAAUGGAAUAUCACAAAAAAUAUCACAAAGAUCAAUCGUAAAAAAAAAAUUAAAAAUAAAUCGUGACAAUAACUAGCGAUAAAUAUCUUUUAUAAAUUUGAAGGAAAAAAAAUAGUGUCAGUAGAUUUAAAAAAACCUCACUUUCGGCAAAUGGGACCUAAAUAUAAUUAUUAUUUCUUAUAAUUUUAUUUGUUGUUAAAUCUUCAUUUUUAAUCAUUAUUUUUUUUUUAAUUAAAACGGAAGAGUUUAAAAUGGUCUUUUUAGAGGAAAUUUUAUUCUUAUUUAUUUCACAAACGGAAGAAAAAUGUGGAACGCUUAGCGAAUGUCUAUCUUAGAUUUUUAUUUUAUCACAUCUCUAGAGAUUAAAUUAAAUAUUAGAUAUUUGUAAAGAAUGGUUGAAAGAGUCAAUAAAAAAAAGUUACGUAAAAA